UUCAUAGGCGCCCACCGAUUUGCCACCCACUUGCAGCGCAUUGCACAUUGUUUUGGCCCAGUGGUUGACAAUUUCGUGCUGCCAUUGCUCAAAAGUGAAUGCUGCACUGCAGCUCCAAUUUAUCUGCAGCUGCAGCUGUAUCUGUGCCUCGGGAAGGUCAUUUGUAACCCUAACUAAACAAAUUUGAAAGCUGCUGGCCCGGCGUAUCAGGUGUGGUCAGGUUCUGGCGAUGGCCCUUUUUCCCCUGCCAUUAUAAAAUGGCUAGUGGGCGUUGGAGGUGGCAUCAGUUCGCCAUCGGCAGCAAGCGGCAAACAGCAGCAGCAGCCAAACAAAUAACCAGCAAUAACCAGCAGCCAACUAGUCGAAUACUUAACGUCAGCAGCCAUGAAACGGACAUACUUGUUGCUCUGCCUGAGUCUCCUAACCUGCAAUGUGGCCAACUCGGCGUUCCUGCGUCCCAUCGAUUUCAGCCAGCUGGUCAAGUCCUCCAGCCUCCAGCAGCAGCAGCAGCAGCAACUGCGUGGAGAUCUGAACCGAGAUGAUGGCAACGAUGACGACGAUGAUGCCACCACCUUGGCACCCAAUUCCAGCGAGGACUACGACAGUCGUCCGCAGUACAGCUUCGCCUACGAUGUGAGGGACUCGCUCACCGGCGACGACAAGCGGCAGGAGGAGAAGCGCGACGGCGACCUGGUCAAGGGCCAGUACUCCCUGAUCGAACCCGAUGGCACCCGUCGCAUUGUGGAGUACACGGCCGACGAUGUGAGUGGCUUCAACGCCAUUGUCUCCAAGCAGCGUCUGGAUGAGCAGCAGCAGCAAAGACUCUCCUCCUCCAGUUCGUCCCGUUUCAACAGCCUCGAGGAACUGCAGACCCGUCUCACUGCCCAGGCCAUCGCGGAAGCCCAAUCCCUGGCAGAGGCUCAGCAGGCCAGCCAACUGCAGCUGGAGGCGCAGAGUCGUCGCGAAUCGGAGAACCAGGCACGCAACCAGGCCCAGCAGCUCAUGGAGCAGUUCCAGCAGCAGGUGCAGCAGCAGGAGCAGCAGCGUCUGCAGCAGGAGCAGCAACUGAGGGAUCUGCAGCGCCUCCAGGAGCAGCGCGAUCGCGAGGAGCGGGAUCGUGAGCAGCGCGAGCGGGAGCAGCGGGAGCGGGAACAGCGCGAGCGCCAGCAGCGGGAACAGGAACUCCGGGAUCGGGAGCUGCGCGAGCGUGAGCUCCGUGAUCGUGAACUCCGGGAGCGGGAUCAGCGGGAACAGCGGGAGCAGCGGGAUCGGGAGCAGCGUGACCGCGAGGAUCGCCGCCAGCAAGCGGAGCGUCGUCAGAGCCAGAACCAGCGAUUGCUCGACCAGCAGACCCUGCUGCUGGCCCAAAGCCUGCCCAGCAUUCAGGCCACCGUGGUCUCCCAUCCGCCCACUCUGCUCGCCUCCCGUCUGCCCGCCGCCGCCACCAGCACCAGCUCCUCGAGGACCACCACUCUGCUGACCAGGGAACGCGACCUGGAGGCCUGGCGCCAGUUGCCCAACGCCCGCAUCACCAUCGAUCGCAGUGCCCAGCCGCUGAUCCUCAGUCAGCCCUCCAGUGCCACCGUCCAGGCGCAGCUGAUCAGUUCGCCGCUGCUGUUGGAGUCCGGCAACCUCAACGGAUUGAUAACCACCCGGCUGAAUGGCAAUGCCGCCCGAGCUGGAGCUGCUUUGAGUUGGUCCAAUGGACGCCGCCUGCUGAACAACGAUCUCUGGCAGCUGGACAGACUGGAUGACCGCUCGGAGGGUCGGCGGGAGAGCGAGGAGCUGCGUUCCAACAGCGCCGAACGGCGCUCGAAGAACUGGUAAAUCCUGCAGAAAGGCGCAGAUGAAUCCACCCAUCUUCAACUGAACUCAUACGAAACUCCAACCAGCGACCUCAGCGAUCUGCCAACCGGACCACGAAUAUGUUUAGACCAUAAGUUCUAGAUCGAAUCCUGUGUUCACCUAGCCUAGAGUCGGGGAUUUGGUUAUACUCUCAGCUUCUCGUCCCUUCGCCCUUCUCUAAUGCAUACAGCAAACUCUGCCAAGAAACUAACACAAGCUCUAACGGUCUCCAACCCGCUAACUUUAGUACUAAGUUUAAUUGUUUUUGUGUUACUCGAUAGUUAGUCAACUGCAUCAAUGUGAAAAUGUAAAAAAAAAUA